GCGUGGUGAAGGGAAGCUGCUCCCACCUGGCAGGGCCGUGUAGGGUCGACACUAGGCCCGGCCAGGUUGCUUGAGUGCAUGUUUGUGGUGGCGAGACACAAGGUGGGACUUCGUGAUGCAAUUUGAGAGAGGCGACAGUGAAGGGCACCUACAACUUGAAUCUGGACUUCAGGGAAGACGAGGAGUGACUUUAGGGCUCCCCUCAAGUAGGUGAGCUUGAGGGUGGCAGCCAUAUCUGCACCUACGGACUGCAAGUUGCUGCUUUGAUCUUCAACAUCGACGGGGGAUCCGGCUUUGUACUUUGGGGUAGAUGUUGACCCUCUUUUCAUCUCAAGAGCCCGGCCACUCAGUCCAAAUGAAUUGCCGCUCCGGCUAGGAGUUCUACCUUCUCUUCUGACUGAUUUCAAACUGUUUCUUCCAUUGGGUUCUUUAAUGCCUGCGUCUACACGAUCGCAAACGAGAGAGAGAGAGAGAGAAGAGAGAAGCUUCUGAGUGUUGCUCUUGAGGGGGUGAGGAGAGGGAAGAGGAGUGUUCGUCCCAGGCAAGUGAGGAAGUACAGACCCCUCUGGAGAGACUUAUUGACACCCUCAUCCUCCAUCAUGGCAUCUGCAGCAGAUUGGAAGCUGCAAAUGGACGCUGCCCCUGAGGCAGAGAAAGCGCAGUACCGGUUCUUCUACGAGAAAGCAUUGAAGAGGGAGGAGGAAGAGAAAAAGAAGGAGAGGGAGGAAAAGGUAAAGGCUCAUGAAACCAUCUUUUGUACAUUACCUGCCCUAACCGAUGAGGAGGUGGAAGAGAAAACCGUUCCACUCCUCCGGGCUUUGGUGGAUGUCCGGACUGUUGAGGACCACGCUGGCCAACUCGCCAAAGUAUUCGACGAGCUUAAGAAGUUGCGCGAGGACAUGACCCUGAUGGCGCAGCAGCACCGUGACCAACUGGAACAGCUUGCUAAUGUGCAGCCAGCCCAAAGCACCCUUCCAUCUACCUACCCUGCUUCUAGUGCUGCGUGUCAGUCUGUUUUUGCCCCUCUAAAUGUGUCUUCUUCUACUUCUUCAUCAUCCUUGAGUGUGGCUAACAGCCAAUCCGGAUCUGCAGCAGGUCCAGACCCCGCUGCUGCUGCUGCUGCUGCCGCAGCGGCAAGUGGUGGUGCAGGGAAUUCUGGAACUGUUGCAGCCCCGGGCCCGGACCCAGCAAUGGCUGGGCCAGGCGGCAACUUUGCUUACAUCGACAGGAAGGCGGCGCAGAUUCCGUCCAAGUAUGACGGAAAGGACGACGUCGAGUCUUGGAUCAGCUCCAUGCGAUCCUACUUUGAUGUAUUGGGGACACCCCCGUCCACUCAGUCGUCUAUCCUAGGGACCUAUGUGGAGCCCGUCGUGAGAGGUUUUCUAGAAACCCAAACUGUCCAAUCAGGCUAUAAGAGAAUAGACCUGAACAAAUGGCUAAAGGCUACGCCUACUGCCGCACUUGAGGAUCUCUUGAUCAAACAAUAUGCUGAUCCACAUGCUGCAGUUAAAGCAAGACUUAAGCUUGACAAGCUCAAGCACAGCAAGUGGACCGACACCAUGCACAGCCUGCAGCAGUAUGUUAGUAAACUCUUUGCUACUCUGGAUCUGGAGAAGACUGCGCAGCCCUGUCUGGAUUGCGGGCCCCCGAAGACCCUUGUGAGCGAUCGCGAUACCAGGUUCAUAAGUGCAGAUUGGAAAGACUUCACCUCCCAGACCUACGACAUGAAACUCAAGAUGACGUCUGGUCGACACCCCGAAGCCAAUGGACUGGCCGAGGAGAUCAACCAGACCGUGAUCCAACUUCUCAGGGCUCUUAUCGUGCCUGACCAGAACUCUUGGGAUGAGGAGUUGCCGAUUGUGCAGAGGUUGUACAACAACUCCAUCCACUCUUCCACCGGGAUGACGCCUAACCGGCUGCACCUCGGAUGGAAAAUCCGCAAUCCCCUAUCCUAUCUGUUCCCGGAACAGCCACCUGGCCUAACACCUGGCCAGCCAGGCUACAGUGCUAAGUACGAUCGUUUGCUCAAAGUCGCUAUCGCGGCUAUGGAGAGGCGACGCAGUGCUAUGAUUAAGCAUGCAAACAAGAAACGCCAGCCUGAUCCCUUCACCGUGGGAAGUUAUGUCUGGGUCAAGAUGUCUGAGUUUUCUGAAGAAGAAGGCGUAUCACGGAAACUUCUUCCUCAGUAUUACGGUCCCUGGAAGGUGCUGAAUCGAGUAGGUAAUGAUUCCUUCGGUCCUUCUUACACGAUUGAUGUGCCUGCUCAUCUCCGCACAUACCCAGUCUUUCACGCAUCAAAGUUAUUUUCGUAUGAGCCACUUGAGACGUUAAAGUACCGAGAAUCGAUGAUUCCCCUCGCAAUCAAUGGCGGUCACGAGGUUGAUAGAAUUGUUGAACACAGUGGGAAGGGAAGAAACAGACAACACGAAGUCCAUUUUCUCUACCAUCCAUUGGAUGAUUUCUACUGGAUUGCUAAGAAGGAUUUACUGCAGAGUGCACCGCGCGUCGUUAACGCCUAUGAACGAUUAAUAAGUUCUGAACAACAACCAAAAUUCACUGCUACCCUGACUCCUACGGAACACACCCGAUCUCUCUUUGCUAUCUACGCCUAUGAUGCAUUAUGCAAGGACUCUGAUUGAGUUACUCGCUCGAAGGGACCUCGCUCUUGAGGGGGGGGUAGUGUAAUGACCCGUCAAAACACAGACUG